AUCUAGGCAAACGUCCAGGCACGAUCGAGUGUCCUAACAAAAUUUCCGGUUUUUGACAAAGAAAUCUUACAUCAAUUAUGUUUCCAAACCUUAAUCAAGGAACUUUGGAGCUAUUAAGGAAACGGAGAAGGAAUCGUGCGGACGAGAAGUUUCACAAAUAUAUACAAAAGAUAACAACGAGUUCGGUAUUUAAUGGCUUUAUCAUGGUGGUGAUAGUCCUCAAUUCCUUGGUCAUUGGCUUUGAGACAGUGGAGGAGUGGAAAGUUGCUUAUAAGAAUGUCUUCAAAGCUUUGGAUGAGUUAUUUCUUGCUAUUUACACCAUGGAAUUCGUGAUGAAACUGUAUGCUGAACCAAGGGGAUACUGGAAAAGCAGUUAUAACAGAUUUGACGUCUCUAUCCUGGCAUUGUCAUAUGUUCAAGUUAUUAUGGAUGAGUUGAACGUGGGUGAUAAAAUUCUCACACCUUUGAGGCUUCUAAGAGCUGCUCGAACUUUGCGGACCAUCUCCUUCAUUGAAGGCCUCCAAGUUCUUGUCACAGCACUGAUUGACACCAUUAGGAACUCUGUACUCAAUGUAGUGAUUCUUCUUUCCAUGUUGAUGGCUUUCUUUGCUGUGGUUGGUUAUUAUAUUUUUGGUUAUGAAGAGGAGACUGGUGAUAAAGAAAACUGGGGAACUCUCAGUACUGCUAUGUUGACACUUUUCACAUUUGUUACUGUGGAUGGUUGGACUGAAAUUCAGAAAGAUCUGGACAAAAGACCCUACAGCCAGUGGUUCACAAUUAUCUUCAUCUUCUUGGGCCACUUCAUUUUCACCAAUUUGUUUAUUGGAAUAAUUAUCAUGAACAUACACGAGGCCACAGAAAAAUUCAUUGCACAGCAAAAACAAGAACAUGAAGCAAUUCUACAGAUGAAAAAAGAUUUCCUCUUCCAAAGACAACGUGAUGAUGUCAAAGAAAUGUUAGAAAAACAGAAAAACAGCCAGUAUGCUAACUUUGAAGAGAUGACUCGCAGCUUCCAACAGACACUUCGUCAUGAUGAUUAUGUCAUCAUGUCUGAUCCUUGUUCCAAUUUAACAUGGAUUGAGGCAUUCCUUACUACUACAGAUCACCUGGAUCUUUACACCUACAGAUGCCAGCAAAUCCAAUUUCAAAUUGCCAAUGUUUUGGCAGAUAUGGCAGAGAUGAAAUUAAAGGAGAAAGAGCAAGAGGCGGCACUCCAAGCCUCUGCACUUCCAAGAGGAAUGCAGUUGUUCAUGAGAGCAAAAGCUGCUAUGACAAAAAAGACUGCAUGAUGAAGACUAUUUCCUGUCAGAGAUUACUGAUUUACUUCUUAUUUUCUGUUGAAAACUUGCAGAGAACAUUAUUUUGUGCAUGUUGAUUGGUGUUGCAAUCAAGUUUAAAGCAUAUUUUUUGAAGCCUGUAGUUAGAAAGUUGUCAUCUUUCUUUGGCCACUUAUUUUGAGUUCUGGUUUAAAACAUAAAAACUUUGUAUGUGUACAUCA